AAUUUUAAAUAAAAUCUUUAUUUUAUAUAGUGGACACGAUCAGUUCGGUUUUAUCCAUCCCGAAAUAAACAAGUGAAUUUUUAGUUCAGUUACAAACCUCACCACUCCCGUUCGGUUUUUAAAUAUAUUUUAGGGAAAAUAACGCAAAAAUGUUGGAAACAGAAACAAUUCGUCCCUUCAACCUGUCAACCACCCCCGAAGACUAUGAUCCCUACGUUUGUAAACUUAGCUCAGAAAUGAAAAAGGUCGCAAAAGAAGAACUCCAUGAAGAUGAUAAUAUUCGUAAACAGGCUCUUGCCCAAUUACGUGAAUGGAUCUCAAAACAUCCGCACAUUAAAAAAUGUCGGACGGACGCAGUGUUCCUACUACGUUUUCUACGUACCAAAAAAUUCUCUGUUCCUGCAGCAUGUGAAAUGCUCGAAAGAUAUCUAACGAUUCGUCAAUUGUAUCCGGACUGGUUCAGGAGGUUGGACAUUGAGGAUCCUGCUUUGGAGGAAAUUUUCGAUAAUGGUUACUUGGUACCCCUACCUCAACGUGAUGAACAGGGGAGACAAGUUAUCAUCUCGGUUGCUGGAAAGUUUGAUCCUUACAAGUUUACCUCGGCGCAAAUGGCGCGGAUGCAUUCACUGGUCUGUGAAGCGUUGUUGGAUGAUGAGGAGUCACAGGUGGCUGGGUAUGUUUACGUGAAUGAUGAGUCGGGAAUGAAUAUGGGAUUUGUUAGUUUGUGGUCUAUUACGGAUUUAAGGAAUAUUGUUAAGUGUAUACAGAAUUCAACACCAAUGCGUCAUAAGGAAACGCAUUUCAUUAACAUCCCACAAUACGCUAACAAAGUAAUCGAAUUCGGAAUUUCCUGUUUAAGUGAUAAACUCAAGAAGAGAAUCAUUCUCCACAAAAGCGUCGAAGAACUCAAAUCCAAAUUUGACCCCGCUAUUCUCCCACUUGAAUACGGGGGUACUAUUCCAUUGAGUGAAAUGAUCGCCGAAUUCAAACAGAAGCUCAAGCAGAGACGUGCAGCCAUCCUGGCUCUGGACGACAUGCAAAUUGAGGUAACCAAAGAAUCUGCAAACUUCGGUGGAAACAGUGAUGCUGAUAUGGAUGUAGGAAUCGUUGGAAGUUUUCGUAAAUUGGAAGUCGACUAAGCGGGCAUGGGGCUUCCUUGUUUAAGUUUAGAAAUUAUAAUUAGGACAAUUUUGAAGUUUUAUUUUUGAUUCUCAAUUUUUGUUUUUUGUUUUAGUUUAGACCUUUUUGAAAUUGUUUCGUUGCAACAGGGAUAUUGUUUCGCUUGUAAGUUCAAUCAAAUUUGGGAUAAAUGAUUUUGUUUGAAGACGAGGAAAA